UUCCCGCCCUUAGCCCGCACUUUCAACACAAAUAUGCCUAUGGUAGAUGAAAGAAAUAUAUGCGAAAGUGCGAGUCCGGAAUUCUGCGCGCCUCCGCCUCCCCAACCGGAAGUCUCUGGGUCUGAAUGGGUUUGGGAGCCGGUGGCUGAGGCGGGUUUGUGUCCGGCUUGAUCCAGGGGGACUCCUCGGGCUCUGGUCCGCCGCCAGGUUCAUGUGGAGGCUCCCGGGCCGCGCCGCGUUUCGUGGGGUCCGGUUGGCGGUGGGGCGGCGCAGCCGGACCGAGGCGGCGGCCGACGAGGCGGCGGGCACGAUGGAGCGUGCGGUGGUGCGCUGUGUGCCCUCGGAGCCCAAGCUCAGCCUGUCGUUCGCGCUGGCCGAUGGUAGCCACAAGAACAUGCAGCGCGACCAGAGCGAGCCUCUGGGCCGGGCCCUCAGCCGCAUUGCCACCAACGCCCUCAAGGGCCAUGCGAAAGCGGCGACCGCCAAGAAGAGCCGGAAGACCCGGCCGCAGUCGAGCGGCGGCGCGCUGGGCGCCGGGCCUGAGCCGCCCGCGGCCUGUGAGCCGGUGGUGAGGCUGUACUACCGGGAAGAGGCCGUGGCGGAGGACGUGCUCAACGUGGACGCCUGGCAGGACGGCGCAGUACUGCAGAUCGGCGACGUUAAGUACAAGGUGGAGCGCAACCCGCCCGCCUUCACCGAGCUGCAGCUGCCGCGCUACAUCAUGGCAGGCUUCCCGGUGUGCCCCAAGCUCAGCCUGGAGUUUGGGGAUCCCGCCAGCUCGGUUUUCCGCUGGUACAAGGAAGUCGGGCCCGGAGCCGCGGAGACGGGGGACAGCAGCGCCGCGUCCGCGCCGACUCUCACGUGGGCCGAGACGGGCGUGGAGCAGCGCGUGUACACGCCGAGCAACGCGGACGUCGGGCUGCGGCUCAAGCUGCAGUGCACGCCGGGCAACGGGCAGCGCUUCGGGCCGAGCCACGAGCUGGAGAGCGUGUGUCCGGUGGAGGCGGGGCCCGGCACCUGUACCUUCGACCACCGGCACCUGUACACCAAGAAGGUGACAGCCGACGCGUCGGUGCGCACGGUAUCCUACAACAUCCUGGCCGACACCUACGCGCAGACCGAGUUCUCGCGCACCGUGCUGUACCCGUACUGCGCGCCCUACGCGCUGGAACUCGACUACCGGCAGAACCUGAUCCAGAAGGAGCUCACUGGCUACAACGCUGACCUUAUCUGCCUGCAGGAGGUCGACCGCGCCGUGUUCUGUGAUAGCCUGGUGCCCGCCCUUGAGGCCUUCGGGCUGCGGGGCGUGUUUCGAAUCAAGCAGCACGAGGGCCUGGCCACCUUCUACCGGAAGUCCAAGUUCAGCCUUCUUAGCCAGCACGACAUUUCCUUCCAAGAAGCCCUGGAGUCCGAUCCCCUGCAUCGAGAACUGCUGGAGAAACUGCAACUGCACCCCCUGGCUCUGGAGAAGGUGCUGCAGAGAUCUUCCGUCCUUCAGAUUUCAGUUCUUCAAUCUACAAUGGACUCUUCUAAAAAGAUAUGUGUUGCUAAUACCCAUCUCUACUGGCACCCAAAAGGUGGAUACAUUCGUCUCAUUCAAAUGGCAGUAGCCUUGGUUCACAUUAGACAUAUCUCAUGUGAUCUGUAUCCUGGUAUACCAGUUAUAUUUUGUGGAGACUUUAACAGCACACCAUCAACAGGAAUGUAUCAUUUUGUCAUCAAUGGCAGCAUCUCAGAGGAUCAUGAAGACUGGGUUUCCAGUGGGGAAGAGGAAAGAUGCAACAUGUCUCUCACACAUUUCUUCAAACUGAAAAGUGCUUGUGGUGAACCUGCUUACACAAAUUAUGUUGGUGGCUUUCAUGGAUGUCUAGAUUACAUUUUCAUUGACUCAAAUGCUUUAGAGGUUGAGCAGGUGAUUCCAUUACCUACUCAUGAAGAAGUUACCACCCACCAGGCCUUACCUAGUGUUUCUCAUCCUUCUGAUCACAUCGCACUUGUAUGUGAUUUAAAAUGGAAGUAGAUUUCGCUUAAUGGAUAGAAGUCUGGAAAGUUAAUUUUCAGAAAAUUUAAUAUGAAUCAAAGCUUAUAUAUUUCCUCCCUCAAAGAGGAAAUCUAGACACUAAGGUAAAAGUUUAUGGUCAUUCCCUACUAGUUAUGUUCCAGGUGGCUUUGUCACAAAACUAAUUCAUGUUUGCAUCAUAUCAUUUCUUUGUCCUUUUUUUAUUUCCUACACUUGGAGGAAAACAAAUAUAUUUAUUAGUAGCAAGAAGAAAAAUUGAAUUACAAGUGUUUUUUUUUUUAAACUGUUAAGAAUUUUCAAAGUGCCAUUUGAAUACUCACGAUUUUUUAUUCAUAACACAUCUCACAUUGAAUUAUGGUCAUAUAAUUGGGAGCAUACAGGUUUAAAG